UUAUAAUAAUAUUUAAUAUACUUAAUAGCUUUAAAAGUUCAAACUCCAAAAGGCUCAAAGUAGUUAGUAUCGCCAUACUUUUCCAAUACACUACUUAGCCCACUCUACUAAUAUUCCCUGUAGCUGAUCCUGCGUACUGUCAUGGCGUCGAUUGCUAGUUUUAUUGUCUAUUGAACCGGCAUUUAGUUUGCAUUAAAGCGUUUCUUUUGUGGUUUUGAAUUUAUCAUUAAAUGUUUUGACCUUUAAAACUUAAUCAUUGCACACAAAUCACGUCACGCGAUGUCCGACAAACUGGAUACUCGCGUGAUUCAAGUUACAAAUGUUGCACCCAGUUGCACAAAUGAGCAGAUGAGAACUCUGUUCAGUUAUUUGGGACGAGUGAAAGAACUUAAAAUGUACCCACCAGAGUGAGUAUAUUUUUUUUGUAUUCCACUUUAUAUAUUUACUUCAGCACAUAUAUGAAUAAUCCAAGACAAAAUUCCGACCAGGGAUCCAGUCCCUGACUGAAAAACUGAAAAGAAAGGAGAGGUUGGAUUUAUUUUUAAAAAAAUAAAAUAUAUUGUUGUUGGGUUUUUAGGAAAAAAUUUGGUAUCAAAUGAAAGGUAAUUGAAUGGACUAUAGACAAUAUGUUUAUAAACUUACUUCGUCUUCAGUUUAACUAAAAUAAACUUCCACAAAUGACAUCCGAAUAGCAUUUAGUCUUAGUCUGAAGUAGGGACGAGGGUCCGAAUAGCAGCAAAUAAUUCAGACCAGGGUCCCUUAAGAUGUUAAUUUGAGUCAUGCUGUGGUGUAAUACUAGUAUUAGAUAUACAGAUCGGUAUCCUUCCGUCUCGUGAGACGAUGGUGCAUCACCGUUAGGUUGGGUUGCAUUUUCUCGAGUGGCUGUGCAGUCCUAUCCUUGAGUGACAGUCUUUACCACAGUUUUUACACACGAGUUCCGUGCUUCUAAAUGUUUUGGCCUUUCUCUUAGCUCUUCUGUCUGCAGCCUCUUCCAUUCUUCGCUCCUCGGCUACCAUGACGCCCUCUUUGACAACUGUGCGCCAUGUAGAUCGGUCUUUUGCCUUACACUCCCAGUCACUUGUAUGUAUUUUGGCUGCUUUCAUGUCCCUUUGACAGACAUCUUUAAAUCGCAGACGUGGGCGACCUGUUUUCCUCUUUCCCGAAGCAAGUUCACCAUAUAGGAGGUCUUUCGGAAUGCGGCCGGGACUCAUUCUUUUAACAUGCCCUAGCCAUCUCAGGCGUCUUUCACUAAGGAUUGUGAACAUGCUUUGGGUAUUCGCACGCAUUAGGACCUCACUUAGUCACUUUUUCUUGCCAUUUAAUACCAAGGAUGCGACGCAGGCAUCUCAAAUGGAAGCUAUUAAGCUUGCGCUCUUGGGAUGUAUAGGUGGUCCAUAUCUCGCUCUCGUAUAGUAGUGUACUGAUAACACAAGUAUUAGAUAUAAUUGCUAAUGAAGCUAUGCAUUGUUAGUGAUAUUAAAUAUAUGUAUGAUACAUAUUCAAUUGUUUAAUAGAAAUUAUAAAAAAACACUUAGAAACUUUCCACUUUCCAUAGACCUAUCCUGUGUCUAAUAUUCCCAAUGUUUGGUUUGUGCCAUUAAACUACACUCAUUUAGUUUUUGGUUUCGAGGACAUCCAUAAUGACAUCAUUCUUCUAGGAGAUGAGUGAUAACGAUGGUCUCUUAUUUGUGAUAAUGCAUUGAGGGUUUCUAAAUUAUGUGAUGGUGAGGAAGGGAAAAAAUCAGCCAAAAUUGCAUGAUGUCAUUAUUGGAUUGCCCCUUCAGGGAGAACAUAUUCCUAUUUGUGUUUCCUUAAACUUAGACCUGUUCAGACCUGUUUACCCUCAAACUCUUCAAAUCGUACAAUAUCAUCACAAAAUCGUUUAAAACAUUAUCUUAAUUGUAAAAUAAUAAACCUACAGUAUAAACAUGUACACACCUUAAAAUCGUACAUUGUACGCCAAAAUCGUAAGAGUAAACAGGUCUGCCUGUUGCACUUAAGCCUGUUUCUAUGACUCAGUUCAAAUAUUCAUUUAAAAUAAAAAAGUUGCUUGUAAAUUAAUUCUCCAAAGAUUUUUUUCAUUUAGCAUUUUGAUAUCAACCAGUUCCACCUAAUUGCGGACCAGGAAUGCAUGUAAAUUUUAAAAAUCUGUGAUUAGCUAAAUCGUGGAUUUUAAGUCAAAAUUAGAUAAAUUAUAUAAUUAUUAAAAUAUAUAUAUAAUCAAAUUUAAUUUUAUUCAUCAUAACAAAAAAAAUGUUAACAAAUAUUCUUUUAAGUUUAAGGAAAUAACACAGAUGGCUAACGUUAGCAGUUAAAACCAUGACAGCUAUGCAAUUUAUCAUUUCCUUUGUUUUAGAAAUUUAAAUAAUAAAGGCCUGGGUAUGAAUUAUCAAAAUUUAUGUUGAGUGUCUAACCCAUUUGAAGCUAAAAAUAUAUCAAAUAAAUACUUAAUUCUAGUUGUGUGAUCAAAAUGAUUUUAAAGGCAGUUAAUGUUAUUUAAAUCCUAUAGAAACACUGAAGGCGUUGUAGCAAGAGUUGCUUACAUUGAAUUUGAUGAGUCUAUCACUACUGGAGUGGCUCUUCAUCUUAGUGGAACAGUCUUCAUAGAUCGAGCUCUGAUGGUUGUUCCUGUCAUGGAUGGUAAAAGUAUUACUGUGCUUCUUUCAUACAUAUUUAAAGUAAUUGUUAACCAUUCAGUCUACACUGUUUUAAAACAUAUGUUACAUACAUUUCAAUAAAUAGCAAAAUUGCUAAUUUCUAUACAAUGCACAGUAACAAUUUUAAAGGAAUCUUUUCAUGUGCGUUUGAAUUUUAUUAUAGAGAUACUGAAUUUAACAUUUCCUAUUAAAUGUCAAUUAAUUAAUUAUUUUUGGUGGUCGUUUUUUUCCAGGCAAAAUUCCUGAUGAACAUACAGCCCUUCAACUCACACCACAAGCUGUAGCGGGCAUGUUACCUGGCCAACCCACCUGGCCAGCUAAUGUUGUAAGCCAGGUAAAUAAUUACUUCAUAGCCUACUUUAAUGUCUUAAUUGUUUAGAGGGCCACAUUAUUAUUUUGUAAGUGAAGAUGGAAAAAUAUGUUCUUGGCAGCCUCCUAAACAAACAAUACCAUUGAACCAUGGCUUCAGAUUCUUCCAUUGAAAUUUUCCCUAUUCUUGAUUAAUACAAUAGAUGUUUUAAAAUUAUUGGAAAAAAAAUCUUUGUUUUUAGAGAUUUCCCUAUUGUGUACAUCAAAUGUUUCACACUAUCCAUCACAGAUCAGGGAUGGCCAGUGUGUAAAAAUUGUCAUUUUAAAAUGAGGAAGGCCAAUAAUUGUGGAAUUUGUAUAUUACAUUGACAUAAGAAAUGUGUUUUUUUAAAUGCUAUAAACCAUUUCAUCAUAAUGUACAAAUAAAAUAAAUUCACCAUUUUAAAGAGGUGUCCAAGUCUGCUUAAAAUUUAAAAUAAAUUAUGAAUCUUAUUUUACAAAGCUUAUUAUGGUAAAGAAUGUCAAAAAUAAAUAUGAAUAAGCAAGUUUAUUAUUAUUUCUCAGGUUUCAGAGCAAAGGUUUUCAAUCUCAGUUUUUAGCAUUAAAAAAAAUGCUGUAUUUUCUUUUACUCUGUAUUUGUAAAAUUGUGAAUUAUAUUUUAUGAACAUACAAAUAAGUUUAAGGACUUUUUAAGGUUUUAAUCACUGCAGUUUUAAUUUUAGACUAAGAAAAUUCCACCAAUAAUUGUAGAUUUUUUCCCUACACAAGAAAAUAGUUCAGCAAAAUAUUAAUUGUUAAUUUGCAACAACAUACUUUGGCAUUAGAUUUAAAACAUGUACAAUUUUUGCAAUCUUACAAAUUGACUGUGUCAUUAUGUAAAUGCAAGAUUAAUACUUACAAGAUGGACUUUUAAAAAAAAAUGUUAUGUUGAUGUUUCCCAAUGAUGCACAUCAGGUGACAGGUGUUGGAAUAAAUCAAGUAAUCACCACUUAUGAUCCAAGGCUUACUUCACUUGGUCUUCCCCAAUACCCUCCACUGCCAGCAACUACAGAUGCUAGUAAAAUUGAGGAGAUCAGACGUACAGUUUAUGUUUCUGAUUUAGAUCCUAAGGUAUAUUUUUAUACUAAUUAUAAUCAAUUAAAACUAAUGCUCUUUUGCUAAUUAAAUUAAGCGAUCAGCUUAAAUAUUUCUGAUUUUAAUGGCCCCAAACAAUAAUGGAUAAAUGUGUUUGCUUGUUUUAAAAAAAAAAAGAUAGAAUAUUUUUGUGAUAGUUUAUAUUGUAACCAAAAUGAUGGUGUGGUAUAUUCAUCCAUUCUGUAUUCAUUGGAUGCUGCUGUUAUACUGGGCAGUAGUACCUGAGGUUAAACGUAUAUAAUAUUAAAUAUUUUACUACAUUUUUCCAGGUUACCGCAGAGAUGUUGCUGAGUUUCUUUUCCCAAGUUGGGGAGAUCAAAUACAUUAGAUUGGCUGGUGAUGAACGUGCAGCUGCGAGAGCAGCCUAUAUUGAAUUUACAGACCAGAGAUCUGUUGCUCAGGCUCUUACUUACAACAAUGUCGUUUUUCAGGGUCGCACCAUGAGGUGAGUUAGAAGUGUCAUAGACAUUUUAUGCAUGCAUUUCAUGAAGUGAAAUUUGUAAUUUUUCUUUGUAGACAAUAGUUGUUCAUCAAGCUCUUAAGUAGUAUAACUGUACACAAUUAUGGAGUAAGUAAUAAUGCUUUGGAUUUGCAUUUUUUUCCCACUUUACUUCAGUGUCCAGCAUUCUAAGACCAAUAUUGUUAAACCCAUUGGAGGUAAAGUCAAUGAGGCAUCCCAGAGAGAGAUAGAUGAAGCUAUGAAGAAAGUUAAAGAAGCCUCAAAAUUGAUAUCAGCAGCUGCAAGUGAGCCAAGUAAGUUAGGUUCCUAAUUUAAAAAUUUAACUGCAAUUAAAAAGAUGUUCCAGAUUGAAUCCUUUAAUUUUUAUUUUAACAUCAUCUGGGGCUGUGUUAAUUGAAUGGGAUUUUGAUUAUUCAGUCUAUUUCUCAUUACUUUAGUAGUCCUCUGUUAACCCUUUGGGGACAAAGCCUUUUCGGGCUGUCUGUGCCAAAAAGAUGGAGCUCUUUGGCGAACUCGACACUCACAUUGCAAAAAAAUUUAUAAAAAAUAGACUAUUUUACUUGUAUAAAACUAUAUAUAUUCUUAUAGAAAAUUUAAUAAGCUAAUACAAUAUUUAUAAAUCAAACUGAAAUUUCAACAUUUAUGCAAAUGAGCUAUCCUGAUUUGCAUAAUUUAUGUAUAAAAUAGUUGGUUAAACUGAGAAUAAACAUGUCUUACCGGUGUAAAUUGUGUGAAUUUUUUGAUGGAUGAAGCAUGAAUGGAUCCUACCACAUGUGUUUUGGAAAAUAAGGCCCAUGGAGGCCCUUCAGACACCACUGGCAUAGAGCUCUACUCCUUUUCCUGCCCCCGGGGUACUUUUCGGUUGCUACAGACAGAGCAGUCCUUUUCACCAUUGUGCACCCAAUUAUGGUUUAUUUGAGCUGGGUGUUACUGAGAAAGUUGUCUGCAUAUUUAUUAGUUAUUAUUAUUCUCUCUCACAAAAAUUUUAAUGAUAUUUUGUGUAAAAAUUAGCAUAAAGUACUCUACUGGGGUGCUUAUCCCAUGAGGCAUAUUUAUAGGCUCUAUUUUUUUAUAAAUAUUCAUAGGGGUCAUCUCUAUACAAUUCAGUACCCCUAAUCCUAAAUUAAGGAUUCACAACAUUAUCGUAAGCAUAAUAAUUUUGAUUGUUCAUUACUUUCCUUGUCGUUUUCAUCAGUGUCAGAUUCAUUGCUAGUCAGCGAAAAAUCACAAUCACUAAGCACAAUUUGAUCAGAGUCGCUGUCAGACAUGUUCAAAUUUCAUGAUAUAACUAUACACACCAAAAAUAAUUCCUGCACACAAAUAAAUUUAGUUCACCGUCAACAAACGCCGCCAUUACAAUCCUGGGAUGUGCAGGAAUACGUAAGAAUAAUUUGAUUCGCUGGUACAACGCUAAGCCAGCCAAUCGUGAGGCUAGAUUUAUCGGGCCAAUGGUACGGACUUUUGUCUUUCUCGCUAGUCAAUCUUGGGCAGAUAGAUCGGCCCUUACGUCUCCAGAGGGUUAAAUUUGACAUUUUAUUUUAUUUUGGGGAGCAAGAUAAACAUCUAUCUUUGGUUAUAGUUUUAAUGGAAAGCAGCAUACCAAUAAAAUAUUUCACGUUUGAAAAGUAAAAUUAUAAAGGGUUUCUUGCAUAGCUGGAUAAUUAUGUCGAAACUUAAUGAUUUUUAAUUAAUCUCACACUGAUCUUUUCAUGUUUUAUAUAGAUAUGCAUCUUAUGAUUUCAUUAGAAAAAGACUCUUCUAGAUCUCCAAGUCGUAAAAGGUCCAGAUCAAAGUCUAAAGUUCGCAGUCGUUCCCCUUCCAGAAGAUCCCGUUCCAGAUCAAAGGGCAGACGUAGACGAUCAAGGUCUAGGUCCAAAAGGAGAUCAAGAUCACGUCAUAGGUCACCAAGGAGAUCAAGGUCACCAGUGAGAAGGCGUCGCUCCCGGUCUAGGUAAUUUAUUUAACAUUUAAAAAAUAAACAACUUAAGUAGAUAUAACACACGUAGAUUAUUUAACUCAUACAUUUUAAAACAUACCAAGUUAUAUUAUAAAAUAGUUUUUGGGUUUGUUGUUUUGUUUUUUUUUGGCAAAAUUUAUAAUAUAUGUAAUAUUUAAAGCAGAGUUCAUGUCAAAAAGUAUAUUUGAAUGCUACGUUGAAAGUCAAAAAGGGAAGAAGGGUAUUUGAUUUAUGUGUGGGCAUGUUUUUUAUGACUGUUAUCUGAUGCAGGGGAAGAGUGGUUCCCACUGCCCCUCCAUUGUGAGUAUAUUCAAGUGCUUGUGAAAUCAUCUCACUAGCCAUUUUUCAUCUGCUCACAUAUUUAGUUUUUGUUGGUUGUUGUUUGUUGCUUUUUUUUUUUUCCCCAAUCUAUUUUCUCUUUCAUCAUUUACUUGCUUAGUCCUUGUAGUUUUCCUGUCCUUUUAAUUGUAACUUGCUGUGCUUAACUGAGGAUAUUUCUAAGAUAAAUACUUUUUAAAAAUCUUGAAAUUAUUUUUAAAAAUUAUAGAAAUUUUUUUUUUGUAAAUGCCUGGCAUAAUAUUUUAAAUCAGCAAUUUUAACACAGUGCUCUUAAGUUACCAUAUCUUUCAAGUGCUUAAAUGUAAUAUUGGGAAAACAUUAGUACUGCAUCAACCAUCUUCAUUUAGCUGCUUGUCAUGUCUUUAUAUUUUAAAAAGCUUGUUCAUUUGUUCUUUCUUAUAUUUAUUUUCCAAAUAAAAUCCUAUUUUUUUCAUUCAAAAAAACAAGAAUGAUUUGUAGAAUUUGAAAUAAUAUCAGAGUAGUGCUAUGCCAAGUGUGAACAUAGCAUGUCAAUGUUACCCUCUGUUUUAUAAAAAAAAUCAUUUUUAAAGGUUUCAAUCACGCCGUCCCUUGCGAGCAAAAAGAAGAUAUGCAGAAAAACUCCUGGUUUCGAGGAAAGCAUAUUUUAUGAUUCAAACAUGUUAAAGUUAAUGUUGCGCAUUUAAUUUUUCAAGUUCAAAGCUUGUAGCAAAGAGACAUGAAGCAAAAGUGAAAUGUGAUCAAUGACUGAAUAAAACAAUAAAAUUAAAUAUCUCUUUUUUACUCCUAUGGGACAAUUAAAGCAUUAAUUUUAUCUGCAUGUUAUUAUUUUCGAUUAUAUUUGCAUACAUUAUGGUUUUAAGACUUUUUAAGUGUAAACAUAAACAAUAUUAAAUUUAGAUAUGUCAAUUAAUGUUAAGAAAUUGUUGUGCCUAAAUUUAUUUUAUUUUUUUUAAAUGUAACUGUUAUAUUUAUAUUUAUGCUUUGAAAUUUAUUAUCAACUCAACAUUUUUUUGAAGUUACCAUCUUUAAGUUUAAAAAAUAAAAAAUUUGAUCUACACACAAAUAAGCUUACUCUAAAUUUUAGAUCUUACAGUAUUUUUAAAAUCUAAAAUUAAAUAGAAAUUGUCUGAGACCGCAGACAAUGCUUUGUAAGUUUCAAUGUUAACAUACUCUUUAUUGACAGACAAAAUUUUGAUCCACCAAUAUGAAAGAUGCCUUCUAGCAAGCAAAUCCAUUAUUGAAAUAGAAAUUUUUUAUUCCUGUUCAAAUUAUAACAAAUGAAUGGGAGCUGUAGAUGUUUGGUGUUUCAUUACUUCUCAUAUUUUAUAAAUAGACUUAACACUCCUUUAUAACUUUGCUUGCCUAAUAUUUAUUACAUUACCUGUAUGAUAUUAUUUUUGUGCCAAGCAUAUUUUUUUGGUAUCAUUAUCCUUUGUAUAGCAUUUGGUUGUCUUACAUACACAACUAUAAAAAAGUUUUAAUCAUUUUCAAUGAUCUUUUCCUCUUAAGUAAAAUCACAUAGUAACAGAAAUGUUAUUUUUCUUGGUAUAAUGAAAAUAUUUACAUCAUCAUUAAUUUCCAAAUCCUACUAGAAGGCUGUUUCAGUGCAAUAAAUAAUGCAUAUUUAUAAAAUAAUCAUGCGCCAGUUAGAAUAUAGCUUUGCUAGUAGAUAUGUUUAUGUUAAUUAUUUUGACACCUCUAUUCUCAUCAUUAAUUUAUUAUAUAAUUUUUUAUUGACAUACAUUCAACUUUUGCUCGUGUGUUAAAAAUUUUAAAAGUUCCUUAAAAUUGUGUACAUUUUCCUUCAGUCUGACUUAAAUAAGAAUAUUAGCUUCUCUAUGUUAUCAUUAAUAAAAAGAAAGCCAAGGUUAAGAGAAGAUCCUGAAUAAAUAAUGCUUUGUUUCUUAAUUUUAAAAAAAAUAUAAAAUGAUUUCUGGCAAUGCCCUGAGAACAAGAGGAGCUAAUUGUGCCAUAGUUUUAUUUGUUUGGUUGUCUUUCCUUUAACUUACAGUAAGUUAACAAUAACUGAAUCUAUUAAAAUACUGUUCCUUAAAACCUAUCCUUCUUUGCUUCUACAUCAGCAUCUAUCUCUGCUUGAGUGCUUUAAUUUAUGUAUCAUAUUGUCUUUUUGGAGCUUAUUCACUUAUUCAGCUUAUUCAAGGAUUAUUGUACUUCUUCAAAGCCUAACUUUGCUAGUCCAAGAUUUAGCUAAAUAAAACAUGAUUAUUUUCUCUUUAAAAUUAUCAAUAUAUGACUUUGAGACAUGAUCCCAAUUUAAAGGUGAUGGCCGGCAAAUCAUUUUUCCAGUUUGUUUAAGAAUUUUUAAAAUCAGUCUAAUAUAUCAUACAUUUUACACAUAUCAAGUAGUACAAAUAAGACUAUUGCAAUUUUGCUUGGGCUGGAAGAGUUAGUCUUUUAUUUAUUAACAGAAGUGUUUUUAAGGCUAGUCGCAAACCAUAAGAGUUAAUGUAUUUAAACUGUAAAAUAUAUAUCUAUUACAAGUACUAGGCACUAAUAUUGUUGCAUUAAAUUUUAAUUUUUUUAAAAUCUCUAGACGGAGGUCACGGUCAAGAGACAGAAGGAGGUCAAGGACAAGGUCUCCAGUUAGACGCAGGAGGUCUCGGACAAGAUCAAAGUCCAGGUAAUAAAAUUGUUUGCAGAAUCAAGGAUUUUAAUUAAUUUUCUGAAUUUUAAUGGCUGAUUUUGAAAGGUUUGAAAUAUACAAAUUAUGAACCUUUUAGCAUUUAUAACUUAUGAAUUAGAGUGUGAAUUGAUUAAAAUCUUUAUUCUUCCUUAUAAUGAAGUGAGUUUUAGAGGGUUGUUUUAAUAGCUCAUUCGCUAAUCCAUUCCAAAAACAGGAAAAUUAUGCGAAUGUUUAUCAUUAUUUUAUGCUUUUUCUCAUGUUAAUAAUUGGAACCCUACUCUAAGCUUAGACCCAACCAAAAUAAGUUAAGAAUUGGUUAUUGAGGAUAUCUUGUUGAGUUUUUGUUGAAUGUGUUCAAAUUUAUUUGCCCAGACGUAGAUCCAGGACUCCACCCAGGUCAUAUAGUAAGAGGUCUCGAUCCAGGUAAUGUAAUCAGACUAUCUGAUACUAAGACUUAUUAUCUUUAAUAUGUGGAAUUUAAUUUUCUCCACAAAAGUAGAUGGAAAAUGUAUGAAUUAGAAAUAAAUUUAUUAUCUUACUGUAAUUGUAGGAGCUACUUUGGUAGAGGUGGCUAUAGUUUUAUGCAUACACCACUAGAAUAAAUUAAUUUCUUUAUUGACAAGAAACGAAAUACGUUUUCAUAAAACUUAUUAUGCUGCAUCUUUUGUCUCUACUAAUGGAAAUCUUUUUUUUCUGUUGAAGGAGCAGGCGUAAGUCAGUGUCUCCAAGUCGUAGAAGAAGUCGCUCUAAAGAUCGUAAGGAAAAAGUCAAAGAGAAAAAGAAGAGUGCUUCGUUAUCCCCACCACAGUUGGAGAGAAACGGGUCAUUACCUCCAAAAGAAGUUGACACGGAAAGAGAUGAUUCACCAGUGAAAAUUGAAAGCAGGUAAAUAAAAUAAAGAAUUAAUCUUUAAAAAUUAGGGUAGUGUGACAUCCUUUUAAUAAAAAGGUUGUUAUGAUUUUGAUACAUCAUGAAAUUAUUUAUAUAAAUGAGGAGUCCAUUUACAAACCCUGCUGAGUAAUUUCUUCUGAUUUAGAGAAAAAUUGAGUUUGUGUAAAUUAAUUUAUGUAGCCAAUAUAGCAUUUAUAUAUUUUUAAAUGUUGAAUUUUAGACUUAUAUGAAGCUUUUUAAUCAUUAAAUACACAAAAUACUGUCGACUGACACUAAUUAACCUGCCAAGAUGGAUAACUCAUUUAUUUUAAAAAAGUUACUUCGAAGGUUUUGCAAUUGGUCUCCUCAAAUAAUAUGUUAAUUCUGAACUCUUUCCACAAUAAAGUUUCACAACCUCAGCCUUCAUUGGAAAUUUAUUAUAUUUUUAACCUCUUAGCAAGGUGUGUACAACAGACCCAUGAAAUUUUACCUGCAAAUAAACCUAAACAAAUGACAUUAAAUAAAACCAUUUUUUUUUUUUUUUAAAUAAUGACCCUGGUUGAGUUCCAUAAAUUAUCAUCUCAUCACUGGUGUGGAAAUAUAUUUUUUUUAAAGCUAUCUAUAAGCAUGCCCUCCUGUUUUUUUUUAGUCCCAAAGUUGAGCCUGUGCAAGUAGGAAGUAAACUGAGGUAAUGUUUUCCUUACAGAUAUUAUUUUAAAUGUACAUCUGAUUAUUUUUUUCACUCCUUUUUUUUAAACAUAGAUCACAUAAUUAUCUUAAAUAGAAUCCAAAAGCACAUGAUAACUUUAUAACCUCAACCUCUUUCUGCUUUCAAAUUACUCUUCCUAAAGACUAUUGUUUAUUUCAUUUCUGGCAACUCUCAUUCCAUUAGCAGAAUGCAAGAGCUGCAAUUACAUAAAUAUGUUUAAUUUUUUAUUACAUCAUUCUUAUAAAUAAAAUCAUGACAAAAAAAUUUGUUGCAUACAUUUGAGUUGGUUGACACACAUUGAAACUACUAAGAUUUCAGACCAAAAUCGUGAGGUUUCAGUCUUAAAUGGUAAGACCGACAUUGACCUACUUAAUCCGUCCUGUUUUCCAGUUCAUGUUUAAAUGUGAAGAAAAUAUUUAAAAUUUAAUGAUGCAUUUAUUUUUGUGGGUUUAUUUCUUGGUAUUGUAAAAAUAACACAAAAGAACACCCACGUCUAUGAAAUAAAAUACACCAUUUUCAAAAAGAAAAUGAUUAUUUUUGCUUUAAAUCCUAAAAGAAAAAAUAUGAGUGUGGGGCUUAAAAGUUAUGUAGUAUAGAAGUAAAGAAACAAUGGGUUCAUAAAGGGGAAAAAUAUGGGGGGGAAAAAGGGGGGGAAGAACAACACUGUUACCCAUAAUGUUGAGCUUUUUUUCUAAUGGGCAGAAUUGUGUGAUGGAGUCUGUAUGCGUGUCAUAUUUUUAUGUUUACCUUUUUUAUUUUACUAUGCAACUGUUUGCUUAUAGUUUUACAACAUUUUGUUACAGAAACUCUGGAUUAGGAUACUUAUUUUUUUUUUUUUUUUUUUGUGUCAGAGAGUAAAGUUUUAUUCUUUUUUUUUUUUUAAUAUGUUAAUUUUAAUUUUUUACUUUCUUUUUAUAUUAUUUUCUUAAUUUUUUAGGAUACUUAUUUUUUUUUUUUUUUUUUUGUGUCAGAGAGUCAAGUUUAAUUCUUUACUUUCUUUCAAUAAGUUAAGUUUAAUUCUUUACUAUCUUUUAAUAUAAUUUUCUUAAUUUUCUCAACAGCUGAAAUAUUUCAUUGUUUGGUGAUCAAUAUAUAUUCAUACCAACAAUUUAAAAAAUUUCUCAUCUUAGGCCUUGUAACUUGUAGUAAAAAAAAUUACCUUAUGAUCAAUUGAAUGUAUUUUUCUCCACUUGUACAGCACAAUUAAUGCUGAUGGAGAUAGUGGGAAAAGUAGCUCAAAGAAGAGGUAAUAUGUUCUUAUUGACAGUUUCCAUGACAUGUUCUUACCCACAGUUUCAUCUGCUAUAGUUCAUUCCACACUUAACUCGAACAGAAUUUAUGGCACAUUUUUAUUUUUCAAAAGUAAGGUUUAAUUUCAUUUCAGAAAAGUCCAUGACCUUUUUUUUUUCCAAUGGUGUUGAGUAAUUUUUUCCCAACACCCUUGAAAAAAUUUACAGUCUUUCAGAUUUGACUUUGCUGCUCCUGAUAUUUUCUGUCCUUUCAUGCACCUGGCUUAAUAAUUUUCUUGCAUGAUACUUCAAAUACACAUAUCCAUUUGAAGUUUUUUAAGUUAGGGACAUUAACCAAAAGUUAUUGAUUAGUGCAAACAUUGCACUGCCUCAACUUUUUUCCCUGAAGGUGGGAAUACAGUAUUUUUUUUAAAUGUUCAGAUGAUAGUACCAGGUAUUUGUAACUGGGGUCUAUUGUUAUGACUGGUGUAAAUAAUAAUUUUGACAAUCCUUUUAUUUUGUUGCUUCAACAGAUCCCCAACACCCUUGAAAUCUCGCCGCAUCAGCCCAUCACCAAGGAAACGUAGUCGUUCCAGAUCACCCAGGUAAUAAUAUUCUUUUAAUCAUUUUAUGUUAAAUUUAUUGUUAAUUGGUAUGUUGAUUAUUUCCUCAUUUUAACUAAGAUAAUUAUUAUAUUCUUUCUCUAAAAUUUAUUAAAAAUCAAAUAUUUGCAGUCGUCGGAAGAGGAGGAGGAGGACAAGGUCACCAACACCACGAAAACGCUCAAGAAGCCGAAGUGGAUCUCGAGUAAGGUGAGAUCAUACCUUAGCUUUGUGUGUCCUGGAAAAUUUUAAUUAGUUUUCAAAAUUUCGCAUUGUCAAGUGUUAUAAUAUAAAUUUUAAAACAACAUUCACCUUUAAUUCAUAAUUUCUAAUACAAUCAGUUCCUUAAUGCUUAAUUAUAAUUAAUAUUACAAUGGAAUCUGUCUUUAAGCUUCUUCAAGGUAUAUUGAUAAAUUUGGUAUUUUUAAGAAACAUCCAGAAUAUUUUGGGGUUUUAAGUCAAUAUCAUAGCUGUAUUGUAUUGAGGAUUUCUUUAAUAAUACAAAUCUUUUUUCUAUUGAGUUUUUGUCUGACUGUGAAUUGACAUUAUUUUUAAAAAUAUGACAAAUCAAUCAAUUACCUGAAAAAUGAUAGUUCAGUAGCCUUGAUUUUGAUAUUGCUAAGAAAUUAAAUUUAAAAAAAAAUAAUAUUUAACACAUAUUAUGAAGUAUUAUUUAGGCCAUAUGGCAAGAGAGUGUUGUUAGACAAAAAUCCCACUUUCUUGAACAAAAAAAUCCAGCUCUAUAUCAUUUAUCUUUUAGAUGAUCCAAACACUCCCUCAAAAGCUCAUAACUUUUUUUCCACCAUACCGCCAAUGAAAACGUAUUAAUUACUUUUGUACUAUAUUUGACAGUUUCAAAAGCUUAUAAAUUAAAAUAUUAAAAGAGUUAUUUUUAAAAUUUUUAAAGAUAUCAAUUAUUAAAGCUUAGGGAAGAUAUAGCUUUUUUUAAAUUAAAAAUAAAUUCCUUUUUUUUUUUUCAUUUAAUCCCUAGGUCAAAACGAGAGCGCAGCAAAAGGAGUCGCAGUAGAGAACGCAGACAUGAAGUAAAGAAGAAGAGUGUCAGGGAUAAAGAAGAAAAAAAGAAGGACCCAAGUGCUUCAAAGGUCUGUGGGUGUUAGAUGUAUUCUGUCAGUAAUUUUUUACAAAAUAAUCUUAUAUUAUGGUAAAUGUGAUUAAUUUAGCAAAUAUAGUCAACUUUGUACAUUUAAAAAAUAUCAGAAAUAGAAAUAAUAAUCUGCAUAAUUAUCAUAUAUCAUGUACUUCACUUAGUAUAGAUAAAGGAAAGAAAUUGGGAUGGAGGAUAUUAUUCCCAAACUUUCUCUAACUUUGAUCUGUCUCAAGUCUUCACUUCUAUCAACAUUGAUCCAUAAAAACAAGAUAGGUGCAUUUCUGAAAAAAAUUAUAACAUUAUUAUAUGUUUUAAUGGAUCCUGAAUGCGGAACAGAGCAGUUCAAUUUUUUAUGUAAUUCUGAUAAAAAAAUAUGAUCGAAUAAAAAUUAAUAUUUUAUGGAAUGCCUACACUUUUGUAAUGCUGCAUAAUUGAAUAAAUUGGGUGUAGUCAUGUACAAAUCAUCAGGGUUUGUUUUUACAAUUUCACACUUAAAAAUAACAAAGAGAUAUCAGGAUCAAACAUAUUUUUUCCAUCCACCUUAGUUCAUCAAAGAAUCACAAAAAUUAUAAGAUCUCUGUACAAACUCCAAUAAAAUACAAAUAUUUUUAGAUUCUUGAAAUAAUCGCUAAAAACCAAAUGGGCUUUGUGGGUAUGGAAUUUCUGUGCCGGUACUGAUAGUUUUUUUUUUUUUGCUAAAUAUUUAAUGAAUAAAAGAGAAAUAUAUGUUUAGCCUAUAUAUAUACACACCCAGAUAUUUUAAUUGCACUUCUAUUAUUACUAAUAAAAGUUUUGAUAUAUCCUCUUCAAAAAUAAAUCAGAGACUCAGUUGUUGGUUUUGCAAAAAGCUCUGUUUUCCUAUAAUUAUGAUGAUGAUCAAUGACAGAUAAUUAUAAUGGCGCGAAUGUAAUUUUUAAAAGUGAUUUUAUGAUAUAAUUAUUUAGAAUAAUGUAGUUAUCCACUGAUUGAAUGUAUUUUUUUUUCACUGAUGUCCGACCAAUCUGACAGGUGAAGAGAGACUACGAUGAGGAAGAAAAAGGUUUUGCCAGUGGGAGCGACAAGGAGAGAGAUAACAGUGAAGAGAGGUCACUCUCUCCCCCAACAUUGGAAGCUGGUGAUAAGGACUCUGACCACCAGCCAGUAGACAUGGACAUGAGUGACUGAUUCAUUUCAUCAGCUGUGUAGAACAAUUGACACUGUCGAGUUAGGAAGCUCAUGUGGACGAUUCUGUCAUGUAUUUAUGGUUGCACCAGUUAUCAACAGGACAACUUGCUUGAGACUAACGGAUGAUUUUUUAAUUGAACUUAUCAGGGUGGUUUUUUUUUUUUUUUUGGUUGC